AACGCUGAAGAAUGAACCAUAAAAGUAAGAAACGGAUCAAAGAGGCGAAGCGGAGCGCCAGACCCGAGCUGAAGGACUCGAGCGACUGGACCAAACACAAUUACUGCGAGAGCUUUGAUCUGUCGCACCGGACAGUGAAGGACAACGUGGAGCGAGCGGACACCCAGCGUCUCAGCCCAGAGGAGUUCAUUCAGCGUUUUGAGAAACCGUAUAAGCCCGUUGUUCUGCUGAACUGCCAGGACUCGUGGCCAGCCCGGGAAAAGUGGACCUUAGAGCGACUCAAGCGCAAAUACCGCAACCAGAAGUUCAAAUGCGGCGAGGACAAUGAUGGCUACUCUGUCAAGAUGAAAAUGAAGUACUACGUGGAGUAUUUGGAGUCAACCCAUGACGACAGCCCCCUCUACAUUUUUGAUAGCAGUUUCGGCGAACAUGCUAAGCGCCGCAAGCUUAUGGAGGACUACCAGGUGCCAGUUUUUUUUAGGGAUGACCUCUUUCAGUUUGCAGGGGAGAAGCGCCGUCCUCCGUACAGGUGGUUUGUGAUGGGUCCUGCCCGCUCUGGGACGGGCAUCCACAUUGACCCGCUCGGGACGAGUGCGUGGAACGCCCUGGUGCAGGGCCACAAACGCUGGUGCCUGUUCCCCACCCACACGCCCCGGGAGCUCAUCAAGGUGACGCGAGAGGACGGGGGAAACCAGCAGGACGAGGCCAUCACCUGGUUCAACGUCAUCUAUCCCCGCACACAGCAGCCCACCUGGCCAGCCGAGUUCAGACCGCUGGAGAUCCUUCAGCAUCCCGGAGAGACUGUGUUUGUGCCCGGUGGAUGGUGGCAUGUUGUCCUCAAUCUGGACACGGCUAUUGCUGUAACCCAGAAUUUUGCGAGCACCACUAACUUCCCCAUCGUGUGGCACAAGACUGUGCGAGGUCGCCCCAAACUCUCCAGAAAGUGGUACCGGAUCCUGAAACAGGAGAGGCCUGACAUUGCUGCUUUGGCAGAUAAAGUCGACCUGCAGGAAUCAACAGGGAUCGCCUCGGACAGCUCCAGUGACUCGUCGUCCUCUUCCUCCUCCAACUCCUCCGACUCUGAUUCAGAGGCUGACUCGGGCUCUGAGGGCGACGCCAUGACCCAUCGCAGGAAGAAGAGGAGAACCUGUGGCAUGAUGGGGAACGGUGACAUCACAAGCCAGGACGACUGCGUGAGCAAAGAGCGCAGUUCGUCUCGGUGACGUCCCGCUCGACAACAGAGGGGCUGCAGCCAUAAUCGUCUCCGACCUAGACCAUGAAGCGUCGCAGUCUCUCUGUCUGUCGCCCUCAGGAGACUCCUGUCCAUUAGAUAAGAGGUUGCUGCUGCGUCACGUCUGGGCACAUGAUAACAAACUCAGCCCUAGUGCGCUUUUAAAGAUAAACACGAACAAAAUAUCCAAAUAUGUGCUUGCUGGAGGAGCGUUGCAUGAACGAGUCAACAGCUGUGUGCGGGAAGAGAAGGGAAACCCUUCUUGUGUUGCCUUUGAUGUCAGGCUCUGGACAGGAAGCUUGACGUCUUCUCCUGUCCCAGUGCCAACAUCGUUAAUCUGCGUUUGAUUCAGAACAGAUGUCGUUUUUAUAUUCACAGGGGUUAUGUGCAGAUUUGUGAGAGAUGUAUCAUGACCUGUCUGCGGUAAUAUGGUUGACCUGAUGUGUAAUGCUGCCUUUAGCUUUUGAUUCUAGAAAAUAGAUUAUUUUAUUACUGAUUCUACUUUAUUCUUGAGCUGCUCUGAAACAUGGGUUUCUUGUCUUUUGGUUAAACUAGCCCGUAUUACUUAACUGCUAAACAGCAGUGAUUUGUGGUCCCUUUUCUCACUCUUCUAGAUAAGAAUUUUGAUUUAAAAUGUCUCAAACUUUCAAUUAGAAGCCCUUGUGGAGCGCCACACAACAUUUAAUGUGUGAUAUAUAUGUGAUAUAUAAUAUAUAUAUCAUUUGAGUUGCAAAAACAGAUAACUAAAAAUACAGCUAACUAACAAUAAAAAUGUUAACGUAAUAAAAAACAUGAUUUUUGAAAAUGAGAAAAAAAUGAAGUUAUCUGUUUUUUGCAAAUAAACUCUUCAUGUAUCAUCUAUCGUUUGCACGAAUUAAGAAUUUGCUCCCAUGACCUAUUAUUUCCUUGUUUGCCUUGUCUAAUUCGUUCCCUCAUUUUAGUAGCUAAAGUGUGGCUGACGUCGUACUAAUUUGUUCCCUUGUUUCAAUUUUGAACAAAAAAAUUGGCGUCAAGUUACUCAAAUUAGGGAACGAAUUUAAAUUUGUGCAAACGGUAAAUAUUUUGUCGGUAUCUCAUGUGUGAAGCUUAUUACCUAAAUAACAUUGUAGUGGAACGCACCUUUCUUCAGUUGGAACUACUGUGAAUGCGCAAAAUGUCCGGACCAUUUGAACUCUACUUUUCUCUUCUUUCGUCUAUUAGCCGUGAAUUCAAUGGUUAAUUUAGCUCAACUAACUGAAAUACGAGGUGAUUUUCUUUUAUAACCCUUCUGCGUAUGUGAAACACUAGGAGGCGCUUAUUUAUUAUACAGUGCGCUAUGAGCCACGCAAAAGAGGGGGAAACUCUCGCAAUCAUAAUUCAUGAAAAUCCACAUUUCCUGUUUAAAAAGGAAAACGUGACUAGCCUUUAAUGUCUUAAAAUGUUUUUGUAUGUUUUCAAUUCUUUUUUAACGGAAGGAAAUAGCGUAACUCCAAAAAUGGCAACCUGUCAUGACCUAAAUGUUUCAGGGCUGCAGUACUCUAUGUUGUGAUGGGUGUGAGGUGAUUAAUGAUCGAAGUGAGUGUUGCUGAGGGGUUUGUGUCAGUGCUUUCUUUGUGUGUAUGAGUCAAGGAGAAAGAUGUGGUUAAAAAGUGCCUAUAUUUUUACCUGAUGUUGGUCAUUCAGGUUGCUCAUAUUUCACAUUCUCAUAUCAUUUCUCAGAGCUGUGGUUUUGAAUUGCAAAUGUUAGUGUUUUAAUGAAUGGCCUGUGCUGUUAGAUGAAGCCUCCCACUCUUGUCGCUCCAAAUCUUCAGUGUUUUCUCUAGGGUAUGUUCUUACUUCAGCUCCUCAUGUUCAGCACUGGCUCGGUCAUGUGACACUUUGAUGUUGCUCAGAUCAAAACAAACUUAAUAAUGAUAAUUGUUUAAUAAAAGUUUCUAUGUAUUUA